AUGGCAGCAGCAGUCUACAUGUACUACGAACAUAUAGUCAAAGCAGUAGGAGGCGAAUCACAGUCACCAAUUCGCCUAAGCAGAUUCCAAAAGAUCUUUCUCUUUUUCGAUUGUUUCUCUGCCUUGAUUCUUAUCGUUGGUUCUAUUCUCCGCCUUAUGACUACCAUGCCUGUUAGCUGGAUUAGACUUGGUAACCGGCUCGUCAUGAUGGGACUAGGCGAACAACUUGUUUUCCUGCUAAUCUUCGUCUUCACGGUCGGGAAAUUCCAAUACAACAUGUCGCGCAAUCCUUUCCAACGCCUUUCCACAAGCACGAUUCCGAAAGCCUCGGGUGGGGAGAUCCCGUAUAAGAAACAUCUCAUUGCUUUAUAUAUCGCUUCUGCUCUGAUCGCCGUUCGAUCGGUUAUUCGUUUGAUGGAGAAUUUGACCGGUACGACUGGAUUUAUUCGAAGCCAUGAGAUGAUCUUGAUUAUUUUCGAUGGAAUGUUUAUGCUCAAUAUGAUGUUCCUCUUUCACUCUAUCCAUCCUAGUGAGAUUUCCGCAUGGGAAGCAUUCUAUGCUAGUAACAGGACUAAUUCUUCGCUUCCGUACUUUGCGGGUAUGAAGGUUUGGCAGGGGAAGAGAUUGACUCGGGUGGAUACGAUAGAGCUUUUAGAAAAAAAGACAUGGACGAGAAUAGAUUGA